AUGCUCGUCCGAUUAUCUGAAGUCUCACUUACCGGCAAGACCUGCCUGGUCACUGGUGGAGCUGGCGGCCUGGGCAAGGCCAUUGCGUCUACUUUCCUCGCUGCUGGCGCAAACGUGGUUAUUUGCGACGUCAACGAGGACCGAUUACAGCAGACAUCGGCAGAGCUGGGGGAGACCGGUCGAUUGAAAGCUAUCAAGGCCGACAUAUCCUCCUCGAGCGCGGUUCAGACUCUCUUUGACCAGAUCAUCGCAGACUUUAAGAAGCUCGACAUCUUGGUCAACAAUGCUGGCAUCAUGGACAGGUUUGAUCCCGUGGGAGAUCUCGACGAGGCACUGUGGGAUAAGGUGAUUGCCGUGAAUCUCACGGCCCCGUUUCUGCUCAGCAAACUAGCUGUGCGGAAUAUGUUGGCGCAGCCUACCACUGAUGGAUGCAUUCUCAACAUCGUCUCUGUAGCCGGCAAGGCCGGCUGGGCAGCGGGCGCAGCAUACACAGCGAGCAAGCACGGUCUUGUCGGGUUGACCAAGAACACGGCCGCCUUCUACGGUAACAAGGGCAUCCGGUGCAAUGCGCUGAUGCUGGGCGGCAUGAAGACUAACAUUGCCGACGCCUUCCACGCCGGCAUCAACGUCGAGGGCAAAGACAAAGCCGUCGAGAUCCUAAUUGCCAUCAAAGCGCCCCUGUGCGGGAUCGACGAUGUAGCCGACAUGUGCCUGUCCCUAGCUUGCGGCAGGGGCUCGAAAUUGAUCAACGGCGCCCUUAUCCCGGUGGACAAUGGCUGGACGGGUAUUGUCGGAUGA